AUGGCGAAACAAACUUUUAAACCAGCUCAAUCGUUCACCAAGUCAACUCAGUAUGUCAUGUUGCUUAAAUUUCUAGUUGCCUUCUCCAUCGAAAAAUGCUCCAUCAGUAGUCUACGAAUUUGAUAGUCAACGCGGGUCCCAUCUAUCUAACUGGACUCCGUAAUCUAUUAUCUCAAAAGUCAACAUCUCCAACAUUAACAACCACACCAUUCUCCUCGUUGACUUGACCGCCUCCAUCAGAGCAAGUCUUCUCUUCCUCUCCCUCUCUCUUUCUCUGUCUCUCUCUUUCUCCUUCUUAGAGGCCAAAAGAACUCUUGCUUGUUUCAGAGAAAGCCAGGAGGAAGCAUGGGAAGAUUGGGCUAUGAACCACGGAUCAACCAUUUCAGCCACCCCCACCCCUUGGAGCUCGCAUCUCUGCAACAGUCGCUCACCCCGCCGACGUGCGCCGGCUGUACCUUUCGUGCCUCCGGCUGGGCUUACUCGUGCAAGGCCUGCAACUACACCCUCCACAUCUCCUGCGCCGAGAUGCCGCAGCGCAUCCGCCACCCGGCGCACCCCCAACACAGUCUCACCCUCCUCACCGUCCCCGCCUACAAAGAGGGCUCCUUCAACUGUGACGCGUGCGGCCACGACGGCGCCGGCUUCUCGUACCACUGCGAACCAUGCGGCGUCGACCUGCACAGCUUGUGCGCCUCCAUGCCGCUCUCCGUCAGCCAUGGCGCCCACGAGCACCCCCUCAGCCUCGUCUUCUCCGUUCCUUACGAGAAUAAUGGGUUCUCGUGUGACCUGUGCGGGGGGAUGGGCUCGAACCACUGGCUCUACCGUUGCGCCAUGUGCGAGUUUGAUGCCCACAUUGGGUGUGCGACGGCGAAUAUGUUGCAGGCUGAGCCAAGCCCGCCGCCAACGCUGCCGCGGCGACACACGGUGCCACGACCGCGAACACUGCAGCAGCAGACCCCGUACUCGGUGGGAGUGGGCAUGGGCAUGGGGGUGAGCAACGGAGUUUGGCAAGGUGGUGUUCCGGUGGGCUACCCGCGGAUGCCGGGAAUGAACCAUGCAGGGAGAGGAAGGGGUAGCGGUGGUCUGAUAACCCAGGUGGUCCGAGGGUUCGUCACCAGCGCGGCGCAGCAGAUAGGGCAGAGCUUGAUGCAAAAUAUAUUCGAGGGCGGAGGCGGCGAUGGAGGUUCGGCAAUGGACGUAGGAUCUGGAGUCGAUGGCUCGGAUGAGUAA